AUGCUGUCGCUGGCUCCCACAAGCGGCUUUCGGGGCGAACGCUUCGCAAGCGGAGGAAGCCGGAGGAUGCUUGGUGCUUUGCCGCGACAGGGAAGAUGUUGGGGAUUUGCCCCACAGCUUCGCUGCGGCCUCGUCCUGGCCAUCGUGCCCUGUGCGUUGCGGCCGGGCCACCGACACCUGCGGCCGCUGGCGCGUCGAGCCUUCGCAGCCGGCUCGCCCAGUGCCCGCUGGGCAGAUCUGGCCACCAGCACCAGCGAGGCGACGAUGACGGAGGCCCUUGUUGAGGAGGCCAUGACACGUUUCGGCCGAAAGCAGCGUAAGGGUGUUUACUUGUACCAGAUCCUGGCCGUUGCCUUCUCGCUGCCCACAAAGAAUGCCGGCCGCACUGCGAUCAAGCGGGGCGAGGUGUGCGUGGACGGCGAGCGAGCACCUGGGACGUGGACAAGUGUUCUCGGUGCUCCCAUCGUCAACGAGGACGCAGGCGUCGUCUUCGCCGCGGCAGAAGCCUGGCGACUGCAGGGGAAGGCCCUGCCCUCCGCGUUGGUGAAGCCCGUGGGCCGCGGCAAAGGCAACCUCUUCCUCCAGAAGCUGCGGGUCUCUCUGCCGCCGCCCGAAGACCUGAAGUCAUCUGAGCGGGUCACAAUAGCUGUGCCGCCCUCCGAUCGCUUCGAUCUUCUGAUGGACGCCUCCGCCCGGGCUUUCGAGUACGGCUGGCGCACGGACGAGCACGGAGAGACGAAGCUCCUGGAGGACGCUGGUGCCUAG